AUGGAUUGGAAUAUUAGCAAUGCAAGACGAGGUGUUUCUCGAACUGGUUCUUCUUCCUAUGGCUUCCCCUUCCACAAAGACUAUGACUCGCAUUAUCAGGGUAUGGAGAGGAAGCCGCAUCAGCUGGCAAUACUGUCAGAGAUAGCACAAAGGUUAAAUAUCGGUCCUUGUAUGGAAAAGAAGAAGAGAACAUUAAGUAAGAGUCAGUUGGAGUCGUUGGAGAGGAGUUUUCAGGAGGGAGUGAAGCUGGAACCAGAUAAGAAAAUGAAGCUCUCAAGAGAUCUUGGCCUGGAGCCUCGCCAAAUCGCUGUUUGGUACCAAAACAAGCGCGCUCGCUUGAAAACUAAGCAAAUCGAACGCUCUUAUGAGGCCCUUAAACAUGAAUUUGAUCGCAUGUCUAAAGAAAAGCAGAAGCUUCAGAAAGAGGUCGUAAAACUGAAGUGCAUGCUACGAGAUCAGAAUGCAUCUGGCUCGAAGCAAGUCCCCAUGAGCGGAAAUAGUUCUAUGAUCUCCAGAGAAGACAUGGCUGAAAGCACGGCGGACGCCAUUAUUAGUGGCAGCUCUAACAUGUCACAAGGAACUAAUAAUCAUCACCAUCAUCAUCAUCAUAUUAUGGCUUAUCACCAGUGCAACCACAUUUUCAAUAAGGAGGAACACAGCCCCAUCUCACCACCUUACUGGGGAUUUUUUCCUUGA